GGUGCCCACCACUGACCUUUAGCUACACGUUGUUAACAUCAUAUUUUCGCUCGUCUUGUCCUUCAGUAAGCUUCAGCUGUCAGACUGGUUUUUCCUUCCUGCAGUAAAAUAAUUGUUCUGAUCAGCAGCAGCUUGCUGCUCAAACAGAACCUGAACAGAACCUGAACGGGGGCUCGGGCCGUGGUGGACCAUCUCCCGAGCCCCCCGAGGGAAAUGCCCACAACGGCUCCUGUUUUUAGCAGGAAGCUAAUUAAAGCGGCGGAGCAGAUGGCGCCGACUCGGUUCGGACAUAAUGAGAGGGAGAGUGGCGAGACGAAGUGGACAUGGCAGGACAGCUGUGAAGAGAGGUGACCAGGAUCCAGGAGGGUCCCAGGAGGGUCCCAGGAGUCCUGUUUGCUGCUGCCAAGAGCUUUUCCAACUCCAGGAAAAGUUGGGAGCAGCUUUUAAAGAAGCUUCUGGGUUCAGUUAAGGACAAGUUUCCCCGUGGCAGCGAGGUGUUUUUGUCUUCUUGGUCCUAAUCCGUCAAUCUUGGCAGGUGGUUUUUUUGGUAAACACCAAAUCCUCCACACCUGUUGGCAGAAGCUUUUCUUCUUCCAGCUUCAACUGAAACACAGGGUGAAACAAACAACUGUGCCAAAACCAAAGUGGGCGUUUUUUUCAURCCCCUGAGGGAAAUUAAAAACAAUAUAAAUAAUUCCUAGAGGUUCAGAAAGCAUCUGAGCGACCCGGUUCAGAAGACAUGUUGGGUGCUUUUUCCGUCGCUCCUCGUCUAAAGAAGAGGUCAAAGCCGGCAGGCGAGGUGGACCUGUCCAGACGAGAGGAGACUAAGUUCAGGAACGUCCGGAUCUUCCUGGUGGAGAGGAAAAUGGGCCGAAGCAGGAGAAGCUUUCUGAGCCAGCUGGCCCGGUCCAAGGGUUUCACUGUGGAAGACCUCCUCAGUGAUUCAGUGACUCACGUCGUGUCAGAGGACAGCCGUCCUUCGUCUCUCUGGCCGUGGCUCAGGGAGUCCCCUCUGAGMGACUUGUCCAGGAUCAAGGUGUUGGACAUCAGCUGGUUCACAGACAGCAUGAGAGAGGGGAGGCCAGUUCCUGUGGAGACCAAACACCUCAUUCAGGAKACCGGGGCAGAAGUUCCCGCAGCGCCUCCUGCAGCCACGGUUUCUCAGUACGCCUGCAAGAGACGCACCAGCACCGAAAACCACAACAAGAUCUUCACAGAGAUCCUUGGAUGUGGCCGCUCGUUUGAAGUGGAGAAAAUCCUCUCUGAUGAAAGGUACCAAACACUGAAGCUGUUCACCGGCGUGUUCGGGGUCGGGCCRAAAACGGCCGAGAAGUGGUUCCGGGCGGGGCUGCGCUCCUUCAGCCAGGUCCUGGCAGAGCCCAGCGUUCAUCUGAACCGGAUGCAACAAAGCGGGGAAAGGAGUUUGGUCACGAUGUGGACUUUAUUGUGACCACAGCCCAGCUGGGCAGAGAGGAGAGUCUAAUCCCAGAGAUUAUUGACCGCCUGAAAAACCAGGGUGUUCUCCUCUUCUGUGACUAUCAGGCCUCGACCUUUGACCCCUGGAAGCUGCCCAGCCACAGGUUCGAGGCCAUGGACCACUUUGCAAAGUGCUUCCUGAUCCUGCGUUUGGAGGGCAGCAGGGUGGACGGGGGUCUUCACUGCGCUGAGGGGGACAGCAGGACYUGGAGGGCCGUGCGCGUGGACCUCGUGUCGCCGCCUGUGGACCGUUUGGCCUUUGCCCUUCUGGGCUGGACCGGCUCCAGGCAGUUUGAACGAGACCUGAGAAGAUUUGCUCGUCUGGAACGAGGCAUGCUGCUGGACAACCACUCUCUGUUUGAUAAAACUCAGAAAGAGUUCCUGACAGCGACGACAGAAAAGGACAUCUUUGACCAUCUGGGUUUGGACUACGUGGAGCCUUGGCAGAGGAACGCGUAGACCCGCUCUCCACCCUGGAUGGAUGAGACCCUCAUCAGUGAUCCCACCAUCUGCUCGCUGCUGGGACUCACAAACUCUUUGUGUUGCUGUUUUCAGUUUGUCUGGAUGGGGCUCUGAUGUGAUUCAGGCUUCAGCUUCUCUUCUGUCUGACGCUGAAUAAACAUUUCUCCUGCAGCA